GCGACUCCACGUGUAUCAGAGGAGGCAUGUGGUAGUCUGCAGCCCUCCCCGGACCGGCAGAGGGGGCGGAGCAGCGACCGGGAGGGCUCAGAAGAGUGGGGCUCUAUAAAGGCCCCCCCAUUUCCCGGCCCGAGUCAUACACAUGGAAAGUCCUCCUCGCCAAGCAUCUCAGACGUGCCGGAGAAACAUGAAUCAUCUCCGAUCCACUAUAAACUGAGCCGACGCAUGAAACGGUGGCUUCUGACCACCAAGCCAACCGCACCGCAGAGGACCUCGAAAACUGCCGGGGGGACAAACGCCAACGGCGGACCGGACGGAACGUCGCGGGUCAGCACCGGGACCACCGAUCCAGAGAAGCAAGCCCAGAUGCUAAAGAUGAUCUCAGCUCUGCAGGAGCUCUACAAGACGAUGAACAGCACGCUGCGCAUGCGCAUCACCCUCAUACCCCGAGCAAAUGGCAAAAACCCAGGAAGAAAAAACAAAGGGAUGCCCGCUGAGGGAAGUGUGCGACCCUCCAUGGUGCCUCCUAUGGAGAUGGGCAACACCACAUCCAGGACCAGCGCCGAGGUCCUCAUGCCAAGCAGUCUGACGGGUCGAAACUUUAAGAAAGUCCUCCCAUCCCAGCCCAAGAAGCCCAACAAAAGAGUGUGCUUCUGGAAGUACUGCUCCCAAAACUGAGCAUCGCCUUGCUCCCCUUUGCUCCUUCUUUCUUCUCCUCCUUUCACCCCCCUUGCCCAACAUCCAUCCAUCCAUCCAACCAUCCAUCCAACAGUCUGACCCUGGUUACCCCGACUCUCCAGCACCUCUUCUCCGGGCCGCGGGCGCUAGGAGACCACCGCCGUGGCAUCAGGAGCCUUCCCCCGCCCUGACAGCCCCCCCCCCAACCCACCCCACUCUCCCCCAUCCCCGGCGCCGGCCCGGCCUCGGACCUUUUCAUUUGCUCAUUAAUAACAAGACUGACCAAUCAAAGGAAGACGAUGUGCACUGGUGGCGGCCAUGUGCAUGAACAAACAUCCCCCAUUUUUAACCAUUCGUUGCCCCUUCGAGAGACGAAGGCCCGGCGUUGUCUGUGUGCCAACUGGCGUUGUCUGUGUGCCAACUUUGAAAUAAAGAUAAAACCUAG